AUGUCGAGUGAAGGUGAAAUAGCCCUGGACGAGGAUGCGGUGAAGAUCCGAGCAAUGAUCUCGGAUGGUUUUUUGAAAGCCGGCUGCAAACUGACUCUGACUCCCAUGUACAUCAGUCAAGAUGGGACGGUUGAAGAAAACGGCAACAGCGGCGUUGUCGGCGAGCUGCUGGAAGAUGGAUCUGUGAAGUGUCAAGGAGAGACAUACAGUUCGGUCAAGCUGUUUGCACAAACGCUAGACUCAAAGGAGAAAGAGGCUGUUGAGAUGGAUAUCUGGACUAGAAUCAAAGUUGUUGACAUGGAUCAGACUCUGGAUUAUUUCAAGCAAAUGAGCGAAGAAUGCGUCAGCUUUCCCUUGAUUUUCGACCUUAUCUCUGCGGAGGACCUUGAGCGGGAGAUGGAUUCGGAUUUGAAUGUCACGGAUGAUACCAAGAAACGCUCCCUCAGCGAAAUGAAUGGAGAGGAAGAUGACGAAAAAGCUGCAGAUGAGCCUGAAGUUGCGAAGAAGAGCAAGCUUAUUCCAGCGUACCUCCUCUGGUAUCAGAGAAACAGUGAGAAGGUGAGGACGGAAGGGGAGGCGCUUUCCAAGGACGCAGCCCUUGCCAAGGCAAAGGAGCUGUGGGAGCAGCUUCCUGAGGCUGACAAGAAGCCAUACUACGACCAGCAAGACAAGCUGUCUGAGGAAUCCUUCAAGAUGGAGAUCCUGGACAAGCUCAAGAUAGAUGGCAACAUGGCUGAGCUCGUCGAGAAGAAGCUGGCUGCUUUCACUCAGCAGGACGGUUUGCCCCUCCUCACGUCUCCUACGUCGCUCGAGAAGUUGUCUGUGCUCUCUGUCGCAACACCUACGAGAGUCUCGCAUGCUUCGACGUCUGAAGCAAGCAAGAGGAGGCGAACUUCCAUCAACGGCCGCAAGGUGACUGUACAGGUCGACGAGGUUGAGACCAUUCUCGCUCUUGCCGACGAUGACGAGAAGGACGUCGAAUUCGAAUUUCCUGUGCUUGCCUGCCACACUAGAAGGUGCCUGUGCCAUGGUAAGGGCCCUGAUCCCUCCACUCGCCGAGAGGCACAGGCGUUCAUCAAGGGUAGCGGAGACCUCGUGCCGAUUCGGGUCGCAUCAGCUCUGCGCGGCAUCGGCUUCCUCCAUCGUGGCGUGAAGAAUUAUCACAGCAAAUGGGACACGUAUGCCGGUGACACCAUGCUGCUUCUGGCUGGUGUGGCGCUGCGCAGUCAGGGCCCGAUCAAGAAGGAGGCAGACAAGCGCUUCUGGCAGAUCGCAGCUCAGUACGAGGCCAGGUACCAGAGCUGGGCCUCCUGUGGUGCGGCUGCGUUGGAUCCAGAGUCCAACAGUGGCGACGUGCUGGGCCUUGCGGAAGGACUGCUCGCCCUUAAGUGGAUGGGCGUUGAUAUUGAUGCCAAGGAAGGACUCAAGAGCGUGUGGGAUGGCGUGAAGACUGCGCUGUCGGAGCAGUGCGACACUGUGGAGCUUCUUGGCUUCGACCCUCGUCAGGAGAGGCUGCCGCUCACUAAGAGGACCAACUGCAACAACUGCACGAGCGCCAACGACGAUGCUGCCACUCGCUGUCGCUACUGCGGAUGGUUCCUCAGGGCGAGGCCGCAGUACGAGGAUGUGACGGACGCGCUGGUUUGGUGCUACCUCCUGCAGGAGCUGGGCAUCGAGCUCGACAACACCAACAUAUACGGUCAACUGUCGCUUCCUCAGCAUCUUUUCCGAGCGGAGUUCACGUUCCUGCAUGACAACAUGUCGACUGCUGUGGAGCUCAACGAUCCUGAGCUGGUCGGCGAGUUCAUCGACUGCCUGGCAAUCCUUGGAGCAGGCGAUCGAGAUGUCGAGAUGAUCCGCGGAAGAAGGUUCCUCCUCGAGCUGGAGCAGACGAUGGGAGCGAGGGGAAGGUGGACAGAUACCGAUGCUCACUUCUACCGCCACUACCAUACCAGCUGGUGUGCGGUGACGGGCCUGAUGCAACACAACUUCAAAGGCGAAGGACCCGAGUUCAAGAAAGAGUGGAGUGCUGUUGCAAAGCACUCGGCCUAUUGGGCAAGUGUGUACGGGCAAGUGCUCAAGGAGCUUCCGGUGGAAGGUAUGCCCUUCUGGAACCUCCAGGUCUUGUGCGAGGCAGAGCCAGCCAUAGAAGACCUGACGCUCCUUGGCGACGCUCUUGGCAUGCAGAGCGGAGAAAUCAAGGACCAGCAAAUCACUGCCAGCUCCGUCUGGGAUUCGCAAGGGUGGCCUCCCGAUCAAUGUGGCGCUCGUCUUGCAAGACUCAAUCGCGUUGAUGGCAUGACCGGCUGCUGGCUGGCUGCCGAACCCUCGGCAGACCAGUGGCUGGAGGUCGAUCUCGGAAGCAAAUGCGAGCUCACAGGCAUCGCAACGCAAGGGAGAGGACACACGCGCGAUGGCAUCUUCGAGCAGUGGGUCACUGCUUACGAGUUGAUGACGAAAGAGACGGAGAGUGAGGAGUGGAAGGGCCGGGAAGGCUUGCUCGGAGGCAACACCGACCCGCACACGCCCGUGGGUCACAAGCUGAGCCCUCCUCUCGUCGCUCGUUUCGUCCGCGUCUGCCCCAGGGCUUGGUUCGAGCACGUCAGCCUCCGCCUCGAACUCUACGGCACGCGCCUCGAGCCGCUGCCUCACAAGAUGGAGGAAGUGAAAGAGGAAGAGAAGGUGGAGGCAAAGGACAUGGAGGUUGAGGAGCAGGAUAAAGAAGAAGCGGUCCAGGGAGAAGACAAAAAAGGAUCGAAUCUUGAGUGA